AUGCCCUCCGUGAUGUUGUCGGCAGUGCUUGAAGAGGAGGCUGAUUUGUAUGAAGCUUUUCCUCCUCAUGUUGACCCAUCAGGGAUCACAAUUUUAACUGAUAGUCCUCCGGGCAAGAAAGCACCCCUCAAGACAUACGAAGAGAUCCAACCGCUCAUCCAACAGAGCCGCAAACGAGACCUCAAGCUCAUCAUUAGAGAGAACUCCUGGCCCAUCAACAGCCCUAUCCGGGCCUCACUCUGGCCAGCCCUCUGCCGACAACAUCAACAUGGAAAAUCCAUGCUCGACGGCUUCUAUUGGGAUAUGGUUACGCAGGUCAGUGCUCUAUAG